AUGUCGUCUACAGUACUAGUCAGCGACCUUCCCCCCAACUGCGAGUCCUCCUACGUCUUCACUGAGCUACGUUUGCAAGAAGACGAAGUCGAAGAAGUGUACACACGAGCGGGAGGAGGCGAGUCCGCCUGGAUAGUCUUCAAGGCCCCCAAACUCGCCGCUUUAUUCGAGAUUGGCCACAAAGGCCACCACUUCGGGGCAACCGGCAAGAAGAUCACGACUUCAUUCUGGAACGAAGCCAUUCCCGAAUUCGCCACCAAUCGCCAUUCCGACUUCGCCCACGCCCGGGAUCACCAAAUACUCUCGAGCACCGUUGAGAUUACCGGUCUCCCCGACAAACACACUAUGAGCAACAUGAAUGAGUUGUUCAGGUCGGUGCGAGACCAGUACUCUGAGACCACCGAGAAGAGUCAGCAUCGUAACCCAAGCUACUAUGACUACAACGAGCCCAUCAAUAUCCUUCAUCUCAAAACGCCCGACCCAGGAGUCGGCCUUUUGCAGCUCGCACAGCCUUGGAUGGCAGUCGCCAUUGUACAACAGUACGCGGGUACCUACUGGAAGAACGCCACGCUCAACGCUCGGUGCGUUCCUGAUGAAGAAAUGGAGAAGCUGCUUGUCAAUGAGCCCAGCGCCACGGACGUAUCGCUCUUCGUCAAGGGAAUUAAGGUCGGUACGUCAUCGAAGGAGGUGCGAGAGAUUUUCAAGGACUUUCCCAUUCGCGACGUCAACAUACUACCAGGCGGCAAGACGUUCUGCUUCGUCACCAUCCAGCAAGCACACGCAGAUUCGAUCCUCGCACAGUUCAAGAACGGUGUCAAGUGGCAAGGUCGCACCAUCAAAGUGGACUUGUCGGACAAGGACAAGAGAAAGAGGAAAGCUGAGUUUGGUUCUUCCAGCGCCCCUCCCAUUCCUGCGCCAGCUCCUCUACCGCCUACGAAUGUCACGGACCUGAAACUGGAAAACCUGCCGUACGAUGUCACAAACCACAAAAUCCUCACCCUGUUCGAGGGCUUCGCUGUCUACAAGGUCGUCAUCAAGCAGGGCUAUGCUUUUGUGGGUAUACCGACGGGGGAAGUCGGCCGCGCUCUCGAUAUGCUGAACGACACGAUGAUUGGGGCUCAAUACAUCAAGGCCAAGGUUGCUGAUCCCCGGAAGAAGUAA